ACGUAACUCAUUCACCUCUACUUGCUUCUACAGUCUAAGUAAUACGACAGUCUACUAUAAUUGCUUUCUCUCGGCAAAAAAGAACUCCUUUCUUUUGCUUUUUCUCACCAGCCUUUCUAAGAAGACAAAUGAUGGUAACCUUUUUCUUAGCUUUGCUAGCAUCUUCAGCAAUGUUGACAGCUAUUAUGGCCCAACAACCACAAGAACUAAAAGUUCUUCCACAAAGAUGCUUCCACCACAAGUCACAUUUUCGGGAAUUCUUCAUGACGAUCCCAGAAGUAAUCCAGACUUUUACAAUUGGAAUAGAGUUAGGGUAUGGGUCAUCAUUCACAGGUGAUGUUGAAGAUGUUGAUCCUGAUACCAAACUUUAUUAUAGAGGAGCAAGAAUCUUCAGAGCCAUUAUGAAUGAUUUAUCCAGAAAAGGAAUGCAAACGGCUGAAAAUGCAAUCCUAACCGGAACUUCAGCUGGAGGAUUGGCUACAAUCUUGAAUUGCGAUAAGUUCAAGUCUCUCCUUCCAGAUGAUGCUAGAGUAAAGUGCGUUGCAGAUGCAGCUUUCUUCAUCAAUGCCAAGACAAUAUCUGGUACUUAUGAUAUUCAAGAUGAGUAUAGGAGAGUGGUUACUUUACAUGGAUCGGUUAAGAAUUUGCCUCCAUCUUGCACCUCUAUAAUGGAACCAAGUCUGUGCUUUUUCCCUCGAAACGUUGUUCCAUACGUUCAGACUCCACUUUUUAUAAUCAAUUCACAAUAUGACUCUUGGCAGGUUAAUCACAUUUGGGUUCCUAAAUACCUCGAUCCUCAGCAUGUUUGGAAGAAUUGCAAUAGUCAUAUAAGUAACUGCACAUUUAGCCAGCGUAUGAUCAUUCAAGGUUACGGAGUGGAGUUCUUGAAGGCGUUCUUGGGACUCACCCCUUCGUUUACGAGGGGUUAUUUCAUAACCUCUUGUUAUUCCCACGGUGAAAUUGUAUGGACGAAUUACUGGUUCAGUCCUACCUCUCCAAGAGUACUUAAUAAAACAAUUGCGAAAGCUGUUACAGAUUGGUACUUUAAUAGAGCGGGGUUCCAUCAAUACAUCGACCCAUACCCAUGUGCUAGAGAUUGCGCCUUGUCACCUUCAUGAAACUUUUUUAAGUAGUCUUGUUCUAAAUGCUCUGCUGAGCUGUGUCGAAGUACUGUUCCUGUAUUCAGUGAAUGAAAAAUUAACUUUUGUUUAGAUUCAAAUUAC